AAUAAAUCAAAUUUAAAAAAAAAAUAGUUUUAAUUAAUUUGUUCGAUCGCUGAGAGGCCUAUUGCUUCAGCAUCGCAGCUUCCAUCCGGCAUUGUCACACCUUGGAGUGCCAAGAUGGUCGCACAGGGUUUCACUGUGGAUUUGAACAAGCCACUUGUUUUCCAGGUUGGCCAUCUUGGGGAUGCAUAUGAGGAGUGGGUUCAUCAACCAAUUGUAAGCAAGGAUGGCCCAAGAUUCUUUGCAAAUGGCUUUAUGGAGUUCUUGACUCUGACUCCGUGGUGGGCAAUUCCAAGCAUAUGGCUGCCGGUCGUGUGUUGGUUUGCUUCGACCUCGGUAAACAUGGGAAUCCCUAUUCCUGUUCUAGCCGCAACAAUGCUUGUCGGCAUCUGUAUAUGGACAUUAAUGGAAUACUCUUUACACCGCUUCCUCUUCCACAUCAAACCAUCUGGAUAUUGGUCAAACACCUUCCACUAUUUAAUCCAUGGGUGCCAUCACAAACAUCCGAUGGAUGGAAUGCGCCUGGUUUUCCCUCCUGCCGCCACCGCCAUUUUACUCGUGCCCAUAUGGAACCUGGUUAAACUUCUAGCUCCGCUAAUCUACUCCUCCGCCUUGCUCGCCGGAGGUUUGCUUGGAUAUGUCAUGUACGACUGCACUCAUUACUACUUGCACCAUGGCAAGCCAUUGACAGGGGUUUCCCAUCAUCUCAAGAGGUUUCACAUGGAUCAUCACUUCAAAAUUCAGGACAAAGGAUUUGGAAUCACGUCGACGUUGUGGGACAGGGUGUUCGGAACUCUGCCGCCGACGAAAACCAGCAACAAAAGUAGCUAAAGCAAGCUAGCUAGCUAGCUAGGUAAUUAAUUAAAUUUAACCUGCAGAGCAGAUGAAGUGAUCAAAUAGCCAGCGCAGCCUAGCUAGCUUUUGUUUUCAUCUCUCUCAACAUUCAUAUGCUCUGAUCUGAUCUUCUCCGCUUCUUGUAGCAUAUUUUUGGGUCGCGUUUGCCUCCCACUGACACCAAUAUUGUAAUUACGCCACUUUAAUUUGCUAGGAUUUCCAUCUUCAAUUAUAUUCCCAAACGCGCAUGCAUGCAUGCUUUACUUUGGACGUACGUACUGUAAACUACUCUCAUGAAGAUAUAUGGUGAAGGAAUAGACCAAUAAAUAUUUUUCUGCUCUUUUCAUA